CCUUUGUUCUCCAACGACACUUUUAAUUAGCAGAAAGACGCACGGUUUUUCUCUAGUUCCCCAUUUGGACCUAAAAAUGUCAACCACGGCCACUCAGUUUCAGCAGCCCAAUCUCAAACUCUUUCUCGGCCUUAAAUCCUCCAAACCCUUUAAAUCUUCUUCUCCAACGUUUCCUUGUUUCCCAACACCGAAUUUGGUUUUCUCCAAGAAAGGCCUGUCAGAGAAAAACGGCUGCUUAGUUGUCUUGGGUCCCAAAAAGGCCAUGUUUGAACUGACUGCUUUUAGGGACCGCACUAAUGGCGAUGAAGCCAUUAAAACGCUGGAACAAGAAGCUUUCGUUGAUGGGUCCUCUGAGUUUCGUGGUAGGCUUGUGAGUAAUAAGCUGGAAACGAUCCUCAAUCGACUGAGCAAGUGGGUAAUGUCUGGGGUUUUUGCUGGGGUGAUCUUGUGGAGGCAUGAUGCAGAAGCCGUGUGGAUUACCAUGGGAUCCGUUAUAAAUACGGUAUUAUCCGUUGCCCUUAAACGGAUAAUAAACCAAGAGCGACCCGCCUCGGCAUUAAAAUCAGACCCCGGAAUGCCUUCUUCACAUGCACAAUCCAUUUUCUUCAUUGUCACAGUUUCUAUUUUGUCAGUCGUGGAAUGGCUAGGGAUAAAUGAUGCUACAGUGGCAAUCAGUGGAGUUGCCUUGGCAUUUGGUUCAUAUCUUUCGUGGUUGCGGGUCUCGCAACAACUUCACACGCUAAGUCAAGUGGUUGUGGGAGCUGUUAUAGGUUCAGUUUUCUCUGUUUUUUGGUGCUGGUCCUGGAAUGCUUUUGUGUUGCAAGCUUUUGACUCCUCUUUAUGGGUUCGAAUUAUUGUCAUUUCGGGGGCUGCUGCAUUUUGCCUGGGAUUUCUUUUGUAUGUGUAUCAGAAUUGGCUUAGAGAUGAUUGAGGAAUUCCCUAAAUGACAUAUAAUUGUAAGCUCAAUGCAAUUCUUAUACAACUAUAUCGGAAUACGAUUCUUAUUUAAAUUUUCUCCACUUACUCUGA